AUGACGGAGCAUUUUGGGAAAGCUGAGCUUCGGCCACAACCUCAUAGCUUUGCGUUCCGUACAAACAGCCACGCCAAGACACCCACAGCCAUGGCACACCCACGAGCUGCAGCGCCAAUGCUGCGCCGUGCAUGCCGGCUCCGGCAGAGCGCCUCGAAGCUCAACUUCACAACGGCAACGGCCGAAGCACAUCAGCUUCCGAGCUGUCAACGGCUGGUCCGGAGAGCUUCAAGGGUCUCAACAGCAACAGCUGCCCAAUGCUCACGGCACCAUUCGACGACUUCCACAUCCACAGCGUCUUCUGCGUCGUCCGCAUCAGAGCCUCCCUUCUCGUCCGUCAGCCCCGAGGAGGUCGCACACUUCAAUGCCCUCGCCUCCUCGUGGUGGGACCCGUUUGGCCCGUCGCGUCUGCUGCACCAGAUGAACCCUCUCCGCCACGACUUCAUUCGGGCGUGCAUCCGCGACGCAGCCUUCUUCUCACCCGCCACCACCUCCGCCCAGCCCAUGGACGACCUCCUGCCCCGCACGUUUCUCGACAUUGGCUGCGGCGGCGGCAUCUUUGCGGAGAGCGCCGCCCGCCUGCCCACGACCACCUCUGUCACCGCCAUUGACCCGUCCGCCGAGGUGCUCGCCGUCGCCCGGGCCCAUGCCCGCCGCGACCCCGUCGUGUUUGAGCGGCUGCAGUACCGGCAGAUGUCGGUGGAGGACCUGGCGGCCGCCGAGGCCGCCAGCCAGCCCCUGUACGACAUCGUCACGCUGUUUGAGGUCCUCGAGCACGUCGCCACCGACCCGGGAGCGUUCCUCGACCGCUGCGGCCGCCUCCUCAAGCCGGGCGGCUGGCUCGUCUUGAGCACCAUGGCGCGCACCUGGACGAGCUGGCUGACGACGGUCGUCGCCGCCGAGGACGUGCUGGGCAUUGUGCCGCGCGGCACGCACGACUGGAACAAGUACAUCAAUGCAGACGAGCUCGAGGCUUUUUUUGCCCCGGGCGCCCCGGCGUACGCGACGGCCACAUGGCAGAAUGCCCGGUUCCAGGGCGUUGCAUAUGUACCUGGUCUGGGCUGGAAGGUCGUCCCUGGCGGCGAGAAGCUGGGCAACUACUUCUUUGCCAUUCAAAAGGCCGAUACGUCCGGGUGA